AAAGAUAGAGAAAGAGAGAAAGAGAGAGAGAGAGAGAGAGGGCUGAUAAAAGUGGGAUAGAAAAUGCGUUUCGGCAAUUGACAAUUUCCUGAUGUGAGGUUCAGCCCCCCAAAUCGGACAGGAGCUAAAUGCAAGCGAUGGACUAGCUCAUAGUGUCAGAUCACUACGACUCGAACGGUGUAGUCUUCCGCCGUGAUUGAUUGUGACUUUGUUUGAGACUCAUGUUGGUCUCAGGACGCCCAGACAAUGCCUCCAAUAUUAGUUGUGAGAGACACAAAAAUGCUCUCCCCAAACCUGCAGGUAUGAUCCAAAGGAAUGAGGUUGUGCUGUCAUUCCUGCGAGAGCUCCAGGAGGCCACAGAGAGCCCCGGCCUAGAUGCUGUGAUCAGAGUGGCUGUGGGUGCAGAGCAGGCCCUCCCUCCCUUUCAGCCCCCUACGGCCCCCUGUCAGGAUUUUGCAGAGUGGACGCAUGUGGACAAAGCAGCCCGUGCUUUGUACCCUGCCGAUGCACCCAGGGGACUCCUGCCUCUGAGCUGUAAUGGAGAAGGCAACUUGCUGUUUGAUGCUAUAAGUACACUGCUUGUGGGCAACACUGGACUCAGCUUGGAGCUGCAGGUGAGGACUGUGGUGGAAAUGGCUCUGUGGAAAAGAUACUACUUAUCAGGGAUGAUCGAUUCUAAGAUGAUGCUCCAAGCUGUCCGAUUCAGUCUCAGUGCAGAAGAGUCUGAAGACAUGCUGAACCUGCCUGUAGCUGUCCUGGAGGCCAUCUUUGAUGCAGAUGUGAAAGCGUCCUGCUUCCCUGGCUCCUAUGCCAACAUGUGGCAUGUUUACGCACUGUCAUCUGUCCUCCGGCUCAACAUCUAUUCCAUCUACCCCAUGUUCAACCUCAAGAUCAGACCCUAUUUCAAUCGACUGAUACGCCCAAGAACCUGGUCCGAAGACUCGGAGCUGCAAACCAUUCACAUAAUGUGGUCUGGGGACAUGCAGUCCGAGACCUUGUUCAGGCCCAAAUACUUUGUCUCCCUGGUUCAGGAGGAUUUUCUCAGGUGUGGAAGCCCUGAAAGUGAGGAGAUGGUGUCUCCACACAGGAGCGCGGACCAGCUGAACCAGAAGUCGCAGUUCUCCUACCCAAGUCUGAAGGAUAAGUACAACAUCACCAAGAGGACCUUCUACCGCUGGAAAAGGCAGACGCAGGAGAACUGCAAAAAGUCCACAGCGAGGUAUGAGGCAAAAUACUUCCUCCAGGCCUGCUUCUUGGAAGGCAAGCUCAUUCCCCUGCACCAGUUUAAGGAAUUGUUCCCCGAUAUCUCAAGGUCAUCGUACUACAACUGGAAGCAUGAGCUCCUGAAAACUGGAGGACACUUCUCCACAUCCUCCUCGACUGGAGAGGUCAGUCCCGGAGAGAGCACGGAGCAAGAGAUGUGGUCCUCACCCGAAACCACGCAAGAUGAGCCGGACCACCACGACAGCGUGGCUAGCAUGUUCGGCCUUAACCUGGGCAAGAUGGAUGCGGAGAGGGCUCAGAAUAUAGCACACAUGCAGGAAGCGAAACGCUGCCUGCAGAACUGCAUUGCCAUGAACACUUCCUUCCCCUUCAGGAUAUUCAAGAGAAACUUCCCAGGAAUUUCACGAUCAACCUACUACAACUGGAGAAGAGAAGCCCUGCUAUUCAGUCGGGCGUACAAAGGCACCGUCGGCAGCAGCGAAGACAGCUCAGAUGCCGACAAGAGCGAGAGCCCAAAAGGUCAGCUGUUGAUGCUGCCUGGCUUUCCUCAACCCACCAUGCCGAAGAUGAGGGUCUGGGGACAGAAGCACAGGAGAUUCACGCUGGCUUAUCUGAGUAGCAAACAGUUAAGAGAAGCUGCAAAGUUGCAUGUUCAGAAGUCUAACUGGUCCUUGACGAAAUUCAAGCUCAAGUUCCCCUCCAUCUCCUCGUGCUUCUACUGGUUGUGGCGCGGCUGCCAAAACCACAAGACAAAGAAGGUGACAACCACCCAGGGUGCAGAGGGCAAUGUACCACAGAGCACAGAAAGUAACGCCAACAAGACGACGGAGAAGCAGGAUGGGCUCCCAUUUGCCCAAAUCCCACAGUACCUGGAAUGUCCUGCCGUGCCUUCUUUUGACGCCCCGCAGAUAAAGUAUCCCUUCCCCAGCAGGGUGCCCCCGGAGGGGCAGAUGUUUUCAGUGGAUGUCGUAGCUCUCGCCAACUUCAAGGCCAAAGCCAAGCUGUUCCUUCAGCAGCGUUUCGAGGAGAAGUCCUUCCCCACGUUCAAAGAAUUUCGAUCCUACUUCCCGUUCACAGCGCGCUCUACAUACUACAUGUGGAAGCGAGCUUUGUACCACGGCGUGUCACUGGUCCAUGGGUAAAUCAGUGUAAGCUUCAAGUAAUCUAAACUACCUGCAGUGUUAAAUCCACGUUAAGAAAAUUGGCUUAGCCUUGCCUUUAGAUCAUUUCUACCUCCUGGACAUUUGCACGUGUGAAAAGAAAUCAAGUUGCGGGUCUGUUAAAACUCCUCAUUUUGCCACUGAAGGCAAAAGGCAGUCCAGGCCCAUCGUUUACUCGUUUUGGUUUUUUUAUUUUUAUUUUUUUUCUAUGAAGCUGUUUUUCUUUGAUUCUCUAGAAUGUGACUUUCAUACUUUGGGUUUCUUUUUUAAAGUAGCUUUUUAUUGUUGUGUGUUUGCAUGUAAUCUCUGAACUGACGGCAUCAGUUGCAGUUUGAAAAUGUUUGUUUGUUUCUUCACAGCUAAAAAGCAGCAGGUAUUUGCUUAUGCAGAUUGCUCCUCUUUGUUCAAACGUCCGAGCCCCAGUUUUAUCUUUAAGAUGCAGAAUGCAAAGAAUCCCACUGUUAACGCCUUUUUCUUAAGUUUUUGGUGUUUGAAUGGCUGUUUUUCAGGAAAUCCUCACUUGGUUUUGUCACACUAGAUGCACUGAAAUGAUACCAAUUACAGUACUGAAUGUAUAAUAUUAACCAAUUAUGCACAAGCUUGUUAAGUGGGUUUAGUCUGUUUUUUGGAGUGGAAGAAACUUGAAUCUGACUAUAGUUGAUGUUUUGUUUUAUUUUAUUUUUCUCCUCUGUAGCGUUUUAAAACUACCUAUUUUACGUGAAGCGUGAAAGAUUUGUCUGUAUAAGCUACAUUUUUGUGCUGGUGUUUUUAUUUUGUGUGCUCAAUGCAUGUCCAAACCACUGACAUGUAUUUUUGAGGGCUGGGUGAGUAGCUAUGUAAUUUUCAGCUGUUUGUCAAUAAACAGUCAGCAUGCAUUAACAUUGAA